CUUUCAGGAUGGAAGAGUGGAAAGAUGAGGAAUUAUUAGAAUUAUUAGAGGUGGUUCUAGAUCAUGUGGAUCCCAGUGACGGAAGGACCUACUCAAGAUCCUUUGAAAGCAUCCAAUGGGAUGAAGUGUAUUUGGAAGGGCGCACGGUUGAAGAAUGCCGAGAGAAGGUGAAGGAAGUUAUGAAGAAUGUGAGAAAACAUCGCACCAUGCAAGAAAUCUUAGCAGAUGCCAAAGAAGGAAUUGCCAAUGGGAGCCUUCUUAAGAAAAAGAAUAAACAGAAUGAUUCAGCAAGGAAACAUCCUGAUUUCCCUAAGAAGCCGUUGAGCUCAUACAUGCUGUAUUACAUGGACAGAAAAGUGAAGAUUCUUCAGGAGAAUCCAGGAGCAAGUAUGAUUGAAGUCACAAAGAUCAUAGCAGACAAAUUCAAGGCAUUGUCAGCAAAGAAGAGAGAAAAAUAUGAUCGGUUGGCUGAACAGCUCCGAGCUGAAUAUCAAGAGAAGCUCAAGGAAUUCUAUGAGAUGCACCCAGAGGAGAAACGAGGCACAAAGAGGAGCCAUCUCCCUCCACCACCCAAGACUCCCUUCCAGAUAUAUCAAGCUGAAAAGCUGGAAAAAAAUGCAGACCCAGGGAUGACUCAUGCAGAAUUUCAUGAUCUGAGUCGAAGGAUGUAUGAUGGCUUGAAGACAAAAAGAAAGGUGAAGUACAUCAUGAAAGCACGUGAAGGAUUGGUGCAGUAUGUGAAAGAAUUGUCAGUUCAUAAUGCUUUAUUCCCUGAAGAUGCCAUUCCUUCCAUCAAGAACAUCCUGAAUAGUGAGGAGCGAAAGAUGUUGGAAGAAUGGAAAGGAAAACCAGCCACUCCACCAAACUCAGGGUAUUCCUAUUUCUCCCGGAUGAUGUUGGACAAUGAAGAGGUGAAGAAGUUGCCAAAUAAGCAACGCAUGCAAGAGAUAUCUAAGUUCUGGAAGGAGCUUAGUGAUGAAGAAAGAGCCAUCUACACCAACAGAGCUCUUCAGCUGAGAGAAGAGUACAAGUUGCUAUAUGCAUCAUACCUGGAAUCGAAGGAAGAGACACUGGAUGACUUGUUGAUUCCCCCUCCAAGCAAGAAGAGCAAGACUACUGCAGCAUCCAAGGAAUCACAUUUUCUGAAAACCCCAGAGUAUUUCUAUGCUUUUGCUAAAGGAGCCCAAUUCAAGGAGGAGUUCCCAACUCUUUCGCCCCAUGAACUCCGAAUGCUUGUGCUAGAGCAUUUUGCUAGUCUUUCCAACAAAAAGAAGCUGAAGUAUGAAGCCCUGGCUCGUGAACAGGUGAAAGAAACUGGGAGAAGGAAGGAGAGGAACCAGGGAGCUCUGAACCAUGAAGAUGGUCAUCAACCACCUAACUCAGCACGGGGUCUGUUCAUGGAAGAGUACAAAAAAUCUCACCCAGAAGCUAGCAGAGAGACCUUACUGAAACAGUGGAAAGAUUUGCAAGCCAAAGACAAGAAAGCAUACAAAGAGAAAUGGGAAUCCCUCAGGUCUCAACUUUCAGCUGUUUUUUCACACUUUCUGGACCAUAAUGAAGAUGCAGGAGAGGAACAGGAAUAGAAGGACUAUACUUGACUGGU